AUGCUCGGAUUUGAUGCCUGUUUGGAGGGCUUGCGUCUGUCUUUGGGCGCCUCCUUAUGCAGGGAUUUGCCUCAGCAUUCAAAAAUACUUUGCAAUUCAAAUGAAAUUUUUGAACAGCUGUCCAGUAUUAUAAAAAAGGCUCCAAAACUGUGUCGCUCACAUGUGGAUCAAGCAAAUGCCUUGCUUAUUGCGACCCGAUACAUCGAUUCGCUCCUUCAAAUUACAGAAGCCCCUAAACGCUCAUCGCAGUGGGGAGUAUAUACAGACAUGCUUCUGGGCUCGAUCCAGUAUUCCCUGAUUUCGCUCAACAGCUCGAUGGUUAAUCCUAUCCAAUUUCCUGGAUUUGAUCAUGUGCUUGAGAAAAUCCCAGACAAUUCACUUGCUCAGUUUGCGUUGAUUUUCAACAUUUCAUCGCACUUGAGUAUUGAAUUUUCAAAAUCUCUGUUCUGUGAGCUGAUUACUACGCUGUUGUGUCCCGAUAAUUACAGGUCAAUGCAAAUUGCUCAACUUAAGCUACUGACCUCUUUGAUGAUGGGCCUGCCUCCCGUUGAAGCUUGGUUUCCCCUGGACAAUUUGCUGAAGUUUGAGGCCUUUUUAACAGCCUCAAUGCUAGACAUUGCGAAUGAGGCCUUUUUUAAUGAAAACUUUGUCUGUGCUUUGGGUGAAUUAUAUCUUUGCAGUCCCUUUUUGCUAUCUCGUUCGGGGUCCCUAUUUGUCCAGCUAAUCGAAAAUUCUAUUUUUCUUACUUUGAGCGUCAAGUCCCUGUGGCGGCUAAAAUUCCGAGAUGCCAUUCACCCUCGCAGGCAAUCAAGGGCGUACCACAGACUUGGUUCGCUUGACCCGCAUCCUGCAAAUACAGAUGAUUGUUCAGGAGCGGAAAAUAAAUUGGGCUCCGAACAUAUCGACACCAGUGCAGCCGUGACAACGGGUGGCAUCGCACCACUUGACAACCAGAUUUGUUCAUCUUCCGCUGCUACGGAAAACCGGCAUGAAAAAGUAUCUGAGCUCUCGUUACGGGAACCAUUUCUCUCGAAUGCUGCUAUCGCCAAAGAUCCGGCUUCUAAAGACUCGGCGUCUGAAAUGUCAGACGCCGACUAUUCACUAGUAACCGAUGUGGUGUAA